AGUGUCAGCGCUUAAUUUUGAGAUUUUUGUGAUUUAACAUUUGAUUAAUUACUCAAAUGUUGUUUUAUAAUUUUUUGUGCUUAUAAAUUUUGCGAAUAAAAUGAUAUAAGUGGUAACAUAUUUAUUUUAUUUAGGAUCUUAAUUACAUUGACAAUGGACAGAUUCGAAUAUAUUGAUGCUCGCUUAUUCGAAGGCGAAACGUAUAUUAAACGUGAUAAAAACGUUAAGAUCUACGAUGGUGAAGAUAAGACUCAAUUCACUGAUGGCGAAGUAAUUUUAACUACUCAUCGUAUACUAUGGGGCAAGCCUGGUGAUAUACCUAAAGGACUUGUAUGUCUGUCUCUUCAUUUAUACUAUGUUUUUUGUCUGGAAGAAGAAAGACUAAAGGCAAAUGGAGUUUUUGAUUUGUCAUUCAAAGAAAGGAUAAUAUUACAUCUUGGACCAGCACUCCCUGGUAAGAGGCCAGGUCCAGCUGUAGUCAGCCCUUAUCAUUUUGUGAAAUUCUCCUUUAAAGAUGGCAUUGAUCCUGCUUUCUACAAAGCUUUAAAUGAUGCUGUAUCUGCCAAAGCAUGGGAAAGACUUAGUCCACUGGUCUCACCAUCAAGUUCUACUAGUCCUACAUCAUCCCCUAAACCAGUUACAUCUAUAAAUUCUAAAAUUAGAUCUGGCAUAGUUGGAAUUGAGAGAAGCAUUGAGGAGCAACACAGAGCAACUGAUGAAAGUAUAACAGUAGCUUUCCAGGACCUUACAAAACUUAUGACAAAAGCAAAAGAUAUGGUAGCAAUAUCAAAAAAUAUAUCAGCAAAAAUAAGGGAAAAGCAGGGUGACAUUUCAGAAGAUGACACAGUUAGAUUUAAGUCAUAUCUGAUGAGUCUUGGCAUUGAUGAUCCUGUCACUAGAGACACAUUUAGAUCUGAUUCUGAAUAUUAUAUGGGGUUAUCACAACAGAUAUCAGACAUGAUGGUAGCUGUAUUAAUGGACUGUGGUGGUAUAAUGUCUUUAGCAGAUGUAUGGUGCAGAGUCAACAGAGCCAGAGGUUUAGAACUAAUAUCACCAGAAGAUCUUUUGAAUGCUUGCAAAUUAUUGCAAACAAUUGGGGCGCCUAUGUCAAUGCGAAAAUUUCCUAGUGGAGCAUGUGUUUUACAAUUAAACAGUCAUAGAGAUGAAGAGGUGGCGAAAGAUACAAGCAGACUGCUGGAAGAAAAUGGUUUCCUAACACCAGUAAAACUGUCUCAAAUAGCCAGUGUCUCUGUUCUACUAGCUCGGGAAAGACUAUUUACCACUGAGCGCCUUGGUCUAGCAUGUCGAGAUGAAUCUAUUGAAGGACUAGCAUUUUAUCCAAAUUUAUUUUUAAAAUCUGUAUCAUAGAUAUAGUUAUUUAUUUGUAUCUUCAAAGACUAUUUAUAUAAAUAAUAAUAGAAUAAUUUAAGCUCAAAAUGUGAUUUAUUUAGCAAUGCUUCCAUAAUCGACAAAAGCUUUUAGCUGCAACUAUAUAUAUAUAUAGUGAUUACUGAUUAACAAUAUUUCAUCAAAACCUUAUAAAACCUUUCUCACAAAAUAUCAAUGUAAAUUAUCUUCAUAAUUCAUAUCCAUCAUCCUUAUUAUUACUAAGAUUACAAAACUAAGUGAAAAGCUAGAUUAGCAAAGAGACAAUCAUACCAUGAUCUCUUAAUUCAUAGUAUGGUCUGUCUAUACCUAUGCAAUAGUAGGCACCAUAAAAAAUAUUUUGGUACCAUUUGGAUAUAAAUUUUUCAAAGCAAUCACAGAUACAACAAACACACCAAAGCUGUGUUACAUACAUAGAGAAAAUACAAAUAAUAUUUUCUCCAUGGUUAGACAAUAUGCACUUAACAUUAUAUCUUAUACAGAAAAUUACUACACUCAUUCAAAUAUGUUAUGCUAACACAUCAAAACAACAUUUACCGACUGUGGCUUCAGUGCAUAUUGGCAUUGGCCACAUGUUGCUGUGUAUGUAUUAAGAGUGGUUCAAAUCGUUCAAAAUAAUGUUAUUUCUUACUUUAGUUAUAAUUCUAAAUACAGUAUUCAUUAGUAGAAAUACUGUAAGAUGAAAAAAAAUAAACUUUGAUUUAUAUAGGCAUUUAAUCGUAUUUCUUGGAAAAUAGGAAACUACUGAUGUUAUCCCCAAAAUAAAUACGUUGUGAUCUCCUGCCAAUAUAAAUCAAUAUCUGUGUAAUAUAAAAACAUUUAAUUCUUUAAUUUUUUUUUUUCUAUUCUAAUGAAAUUAAAAUAGAAAUAAUUUUUAUUAUAAUUUUAGAUUAUUUGUAUAUUUAAUUACUAAUUUUAUUAAAAAGAUGCCUUAAAAUUAUUUUCUAAUUUCUAAUUGAAAUAAGUAAUAAAGAAUAGAUAAUAUAUUGCCUUUUAUAUUAUGCAUUGGUAUUUCAAUAACAUUACACACUAAGACUUUUACUGAAUGCCUUGUAAAAUAAAUAUACAGUAUAUGUAAUGUUAACUCUACAUCUACUAUUAAUGUUCGAUAUAUUUUAUCGAAUGAUAUAUCAUUAUAAUUUUUUUUUUUUUGUAAAUAUAUGGACAAAAAUAGAUAUCAAAAUGGAGAAGCAAUUAUAUUAGUAAGUACAUUCUUUUAAUCUGAAAUUAGAUUUAGAAAUAAGAAGCACUGAACAAAAGGAGCAAAUAAAAAGAAAUUCCUA